UGCUUUUCAGCUCCAACUAAUGCAAAAAAACAAAAAGUUGAAAAAAGUGAAACUGAAACACAAAUCAAAAAGCAACAGCAAACAACACCUAAUACUCCACAACAAAGCGUUAAAAAAGCUCAACAACAAACAACUCCAACAAGUGCUACUCCAAAAAAAGAGCAACAAAAGAUACCAGCAGCGACAGCAACAAAUGUCAUAAAAAAAGAAACACCAAAUGCAAAACAGCAGAAAAUUUCUGUUACGCCACAAAAAGGACUAGUUCAAAAACAAAAUGGGGCAAAAAAACAAAUAACUAACGAAGAAGAUACUGAUGACGAUGAUGAGGAAAUGGACUUCGAUGAAGAUGAUUCAGAUGAAGAUUCGGAUAAUGAAGAAGAGCAAAGACUGAAAAAAACGGUCGCAAAAAUGGUUGGUGCACAGGAUGAGGAUGAUGAUGAUGAUGAUGAUGACGAUGAUGAUGAUGACGAUGAUGACGAUGAAGAGGAUGAUGAUGAAGAUGACGAUGAUGAAUGA